UCAUGCUUUGGAAAAUACAAAUCAGCAGUCCACAUUCCUAGCAGCCUUUUUUACAUCAUCCUUUUACUGACAGCAAGCUGGGACUUUGCUCUUUAUACACACCGUCUUGGGGUUAAGACUCCUUUGGGGGACCCCAGGUUACUUUGGAAAAUGAAGUUCUGGGCAAUUAUUACCCUGAUUCUUGUCCAUGAAGUUCUACAAAAUGUUUUUGGCCAACCAGCCAGCAAAGGGAAACGUCCAAAAGAGCCUGCAGAAAAUAAAAUUAAACCUGCAAUAAAGAAGCUAAAACCCAAAAUUACAAAGCUGAAGGACUCCACAGAGCCUGUCUCAAAGGUGCAGUCUAUUAUGAUGCAAGUUAUGGACAAAGGUCGGUUCCAGAAGCCCCCCGCUAUGCUCACCAUGUCAGCGGGGCAGAGCAUGGAGCUUAGAUGUAAAGGAGAGAAGAUAACAUGGAACUACCCUGAAUAUCUGAACACAUUCAAGACCUCCAGACUCAGCAUAAAGCAGCAGGACAGAUACGGGCAGCUGAUCCUGGCGAACUCCUCUGCAAUGGACACUGGGGAGUUCAGCUGCUGGGCCCAGCUCUGCGACAGCCUCGGCUGCAAAAAGGACGAAUCCAAGACUGGCUCCACGUACGUUUUUUUCACAGAUAAAGGAGAACUCUUCGUACCAUCUCCAAGUUAUUUUGAGAUUGUCUACAUGCACCCAGAUAAGCCAGCUGUCAUCCCAUGUCGUGUGACCACUGCGUCUGCUAAAGUCACCCUACACAGAGAGUUUCCAGCUGAAGAAAUAAAGGCCGAUGGCACAAGCAUUUCCUACGAUGUGAAGAGAGGUUUUAUUUACCAGCACCCCAGUUACAACCAAAGUGGAGUGGUGUAUUGCCGGGCAGAGGCCAGAGGAGCCCCACAAAUAUCCAUUAAAUACCAGCUACUCUAUGUGGAAGUUCCCAGCGGACCACCCUCUGCAACUAUUUCAGCCUCGGCCAACAAGGUUCGAAGUGGAAGUGACUUCAGUGUCUUCUGCACGGUCCUGGGGGAACCAAACGUAGAAGUAGAAUUUACUUGGAUCUACCCAGGACAACAAUACGAACGGCCUGUGACCAUUCAAGACUUCUGGAGACUGGUCAACCGUGGCAUUGGGCAUACUACCAGAAUCUCAAACAGCGUAAUCACUGUAGAAGACUUUGAAACAAUUGACGCUGGCUACUAUAUUUGUAAAGCACAGAAUCUCCGAGGACAGACAACACUUGCUACCAGAGUGGACAGAUAUUAAAUGGACCCUUCAUUCCAGAUAAGAAUGCCUUGAAGGCAAAACUUACAAGAUUCCUUAAAGUCCCAAACAGAUUUCACAAGAGCUUAUUACCGGCAUAACAAAUUCUCUCCAGCAGCCCAUAUGUACUAAAGAUGUCAUACAGUCUGCCAGAUGUGGAACAUACUGGUCUGUGACGGUACCUCAAGCUUUUACUCUGGGGUAGAAUUUCUAAACCUGGGUUCUUUAUACAAUAGUCAAAAUGAUAGAAAUUUAUUUGUAUUCAGUCAAAUACAUUAUGUGUAGUAUUCCAUUUAACCGUGUAUCAUAUUAAAACCAAAUAAAUACUUAUUAUUUUUCAUUA